AUGGUUAAUUUCAUAAAACAAUUUGAUGCAACAUACUUAAACAAUUAUCGAUUAUGGAUUGUUAAUAUCUUGCCAUUGGAAAUCAAGCAUGAAUUAUGGAAUUAUCACAAAUAUCCUAAAAUUGAAUUGGAUCACAUUCUACCAAUCAGAAGCCCGAUCUUAAAUAAUUUCGAAUCAAAAUUACUUAAUCGAGAUCAGAUCAAUAAAUUUAAAAAAUUCAUCUACAAAAAUGACGAUUUCGGUCAAUUACUUCCAAAUAAUUUUAACAAGGAUACCUCACGACUAAAAUUCAAUCUUAGAUUGUUGAUACGAGGCAUUAAAUGGAGAUAUACAAAAAAAGGUUUUUUGUUUAGUUUUGGCACUCCAGAGAAACAAGAAUUCCUCAUUAGUCGACCCAAGCAACGCUCAUCACACUAUACAAUUUAUGAUGAUCCAAAUGCAGGUCCAAGUUUUGGCAUAAAUGAUCUUCGAUUCUAUAAACAAUUUAGUAGCGAGAGUAAUAAUUGUUGUGCAAUACCUACCGUCUUUGAGACAAAGAUUAUCAACGAGACUGAAUUUUUGGUUGAAGAUUAUGAAGUUUAUCAAAUUUAUUUGGAUUCCGAUUUGAAAAACCUAGGUAUUUAA